AUGGGCGCACUGCUCAGCCUGCCCAGAAAGAUCAAGCCGCCCACUGACCCCCGCCCGCAGCUCGUCCUCUUCGGCUCCCCCGCCCGGCCCUGGACGCCCGCCGCCUGGCACCCAGUCUCCGACACCGUCCGCGGUGGCCGCUCCCACGCCUCCCUCGCCUCCAUCGACCCGAGCCGGCCCGACACAGGCGUCGUCUUCGAGGGCCUGCUCGACGCACACACACUCGGAGGCGCAGGCUUCGCCAGCGUCGUCUUCGCACACCCCAUCGCCCUCCCCCGCCCGCACGCCCUCUCCGCCUUCGUCCUCGACGUCGACCCGCUCGACCCCGCCGCCCCCGGAGUCCACACCUUCACCCUCGCCGUCCGCGACGCCCCCCGCUCCUCCGCUGGCCCCCAGCUCAUCUUCCAGGCCGACUUCUCCAUCCUCCCCUCCGCAGACGCAGUACCCUCCGCGGACGCCAAGCUCGACCAGCUCCUCACCGUCCGCAUCCCCUUCGCCGCCCUCCAGCCCACCCUCCGCGGGAGACCCGCACCCCCAAACCACAAACCCUUCGACCCCGCAAACCUCGCUCAGAUCUCGCUCAUGGCCCGCAGCUUCUUCGGCAGCCAGGCCGGCCCCUUCCUCCUCCAUGUCCGCAGACUCGCUGUCCAGUAG